AAGGCGAUAAAAGGCAGCGGCGGCGCCGGAUCCAGCACAGCUGCACGGCCGGGCUGCGAGCGGCUGCGAUCCAGAGAGCCCUAGAGCUAGCGAGCUAGAGAGAGCGAGAGCGGCGGGCGCUCGCCCUGCGCCUCCCCUCCGCCCAGCCGCGCGCCCCGCUCGCUCCUCCACCCCGUCUGUCUCCGCUUGGCCCGGCCUCGGCGCGGCCGCAGCCCCGAGCUCUGGGGCGGCGCAGGCAGCCUCGGGACUCUCCGGCGCGCCGCCGCGUCCCCAGACAAAGGCUUGGCCGGCGGCCCCGGCCCGCUGCGCCCUCGGCUCCCCGCCUCCCGGGCUCGCGGUCCUUCGCCCCCGCUCCCGGCGCCGCGCGCCCCGGCCCGCCGCAAAGUUUCCCGGGCUUCGGCGGCAACUGCGCCUCGCGUCGGCGAUGGCCGCGGAGCUGAGCAUGGGGUCCGACCUGCCCACCAGCCCGCUGGCCAUGGAGUACGUCAACGACUUCGACCUGCUCAAGUUCGACGUGAAGAAAGAGCCGCUGGGGCGAGCGGAGCGCCCCGGCCGGCCCUGCACGCGCCUGCAGCCCGCCGGCUCGGUGUCGUCCACCCCGCUCAGCACGCCGUGUAGUUCGGUGCCCUCGUCGCCCAGCUUCAGUCCGACCGAACAGAAGACGCACCUGGAGGACCUGUACUGGAUGGCGAACAACUACCAGCAGAUGAACCCCGAGGCGCUCAACCUGACGCCCGAGGACGCGGUGGAGGCGCUCAUCGGCUCGCACCCCGUGCCCCAGCCGCUGCAGACCUUCGACGGCUUUCGAGGCGCGCAUCACCACCACCACCACCACCACCCGCACCCGCACCCGCACCACGCGUACCCGGGCGCCGGCGUGGCCCACGACGAGCUGGGUCCGCACGCGCACCCGCACCAUCACCACCAUCACCAAGCGUCGCCUCCGCCGUCCAGCGCGGCCAGUCCCGCUCAGCAGCUGCCCACCAGCCACCCGGGGCCCGGGCCGCACGCGGCGGCCGCGGCGACGGCGGCGGGCGGCGGCGGCGGCAGCGUGGAGGACCGCUUCUCCGACGACCAGCUCGUGUCCAUGUCGGUGCGCGAGCUGAACCGCCACCUACGGGGCUUCACCAAGGACGAGGUGAUCCGCCUGAAGCAGAAGCGGCGGACCCUGAAGAACCGGGGCUACGCCCAGUCGUGCAGGUAUAAACGCGUCCAGCAGAAACACCACCUGGAGAAUGAGAAGACGCAGCUCAUUCAGCAGGUGGAGCAGCUUAAGCAGGAGGUGUCCCGGCUGGCCCGCGAAAGAGACGCCUACAAGGUCAAGUGCGAGAAACUCGCCAACUCCGGCUUCAGGGAGGCGGGCUCCACCAGCGACAGCCCCUCCUCUCCCGAGUUCUUUCUGUGAGUCGUGGCCGGUCCGGCCCCCGCCCUUGCCCCGGCCCGGACUCCCCGUCCCGCGUCCCCAGUCCCGGACUCCCUCCUCCCCGGACCCUGCCCCUUGCCACGCUCCCAGCCUUGACCUGUUUGACUGGAAGGAGAGGGAGGAAGGGCGCGCGGGACGCGGGCAACAUGGGCGGGAGGGCAGGCAGGGGACCUUGGCCAAGGCGAGAGAGGCGCGCGCCAGCGCCGCCUCCUAGACUCCAGCGGAGCCAGAGACGAGGGGGUGGGAAGUCCCGGAGUAACUUUUGUCCAGGCUUGGAGGGCUGCAAGGCAGAAUCCGGAGGAGCCGCUGAGGCCAUCUGGAGACUCCCGGCUUUCUGAACUUUGCGCGUGGAGCCGGGGCCACUACCUCGCGGCCCAGAGCGCGUCCCGCCCUGCGAGAGAGCAGCGAGGAGAGGAGAGGGACCCUGGCGUCCCGGCAGGCGCGAGGCGAGGCUGAGCGAAGGAAGGAAGGACAGACAAAUCUAUCUAUCCUAGGGCUGGGAGAACACUGGCUCUCAGCCCCGAGACGCGAGCCUCAGUUAGGACGUUCUGCGCGCAUAUCUCAUCAGUUUUAUUGCCUGCUCGAUUAUAUAGAAAAAAAUACGAAAAUCUGCAUUAAAAAUAUUAAUCCUGCAUGCUGGACAUGUAUGGUAAUAAUUUCUAUUUUGUACCAUUUUUCUUGUUUAACUUUAGCAUGUUGUUGAUCAUGGAUCAUAAACCCCCUUAUUUCUUUGAGUGAGAAGAGAUCGCAGUUGGGAAACUCCAGCGGCUGCUGGCCGGGUUGCAACCCCGCGGUCGGCUUGUAAAUACCCACCCAGCCAAACCGCUUAGAAAAAGUGGCCUCAAGCUGAGUGUCUUUGUUUUGGGUUUUUUUUUUUUAUAAUGGCAGGUUUUUUUUUUUCUUUUUGUAAGUAUAAAAGAAGAGAAAAAUGUCUGGGCAUUUUGCAUUAGAACACAACUUUGUCUGGGGGUACCCUUGGAAGUUGCAUUCUUUCUUCUCAUCCUCAGUCCUCUUCCAGCCCUGCACCUCAUCUUUUCCUCCCUCUUUAUUUUUCAAUUUUAUUCAGGUUGGAUGAAGACUGGGGUAUGAGAUCCCUAGUUCCAGGGCCGGGCUACUAUGGAGUCUCUCAGACCUGGGAAGCAAUGUCCAUGUUCCUGGUUCUGCUUUAGGGCUAAAUUGUCACCCCUGUGAGAAAGGAAAGAAAAACAGAUCUUGUUUGCUUUUUAUUGCAACCAGAGAUCCCCCCACCUCCACCUCCAGCCUUCCAGACCAGCAUUGAUUGCUGGGGCUGGCUUUGCUUUUGGGGUGAGCAACUUCCCCAGACCCAAUACUGCCUAAUGGUAACCUGAACUUGAGUUGAACCAACCACCACACUGAGAAUGUCCCAGAAACCAAACAUUGGCAAGUAAUUUUUGCAACUUUCAAGUGAGUUCUUUAGACCGACAUGCUAUGCUCUGUGUAUUUCCUUCCCUGCUAUUUGAAGAGCAGGGAGCUCUCGGUGGUGACCCCCUUCAGUUGUAUAGUAGUUAUAGGAAAAAUCUGGGUGUUUUUUUCUUUAUUAUUGCCUUGUUUCCCCCCUGCAGGUCAGUAAAAGGAUUUAAGUUGCACUGACAAAAAAAGAAAUAUGCCAAAAGGAAAUCCUAUUUUUUAGUUCCCAUUUGAAAUUGCUGGCGCUGCUGGCCGGAUGCAUUUUUUUGAGUUUGUAUUAGUUGAUAAAUUAACAGUAAUAACAAGAUUGUAUGAACCGCAUGGUGCUUGCAGUUUUAAAUAUUGUGGAUAUUCGUCCUGCAUCAGAAACGAGCUUCGGUUUUUACAGAUUCAACUGUGUUGAAAUCAAAUUUGCUGCAACAGAAAUUGUUUUUAUUUCAUGUAAAAUAAGGGAUCAAUUUCAAACCCUGCUUAUGAUAUGAAAAUAUUAAAACCUAGUCUAUUGUA